UUGUGGCCAUGCCCCGCUCCUUCCUCGUCAAGAAGGUGAAGGGCGAUGAUUUCCCGGCUGGAAUCGCGGCUCCCUACGGCAGGAACCGGCCCGAGCUCGGCUCCCGUUUGCACGGCAAAGGGUACCUCAGCGACUACAUGGCCCCAUCGGGGUACACGGGCCCCGGGGCGCUGAAGGUGCCGUCGCCCUCGGCCCUUUACGGCGGGGGGGACUCGGAUCCCCCCGACAGCCCCCACUCGGGCCUGGCCGGGGGUUACAUCAACGGCGACGCGGCCGUGAGCGAAGGCUACGCCGUGGACGCCUUCUUCAUCACGGACGGGAGGUCCCGGAGGAAGACAUCGGCAUCAACAACGGCAGCAUCGGCGUCGUCAUCGGCGUCACCGCGGAGCCUCCAACGGCACGCGUGCGGCGAGUGCGGUAAGACCUACGCCACGUCGUCCAACCUGAGCCGGCACAAGCAAACCCAUCGCAGUUUGGAUAGCAAGAUGGCCAAGAAAUGCCCGACGUGCGGCAAGGUUUACGUCUCCAUGCCGGCCAUGGCCAUGCAUCUCCUCACGCACGACCUCAAGCACAAAUGCGACGUGUGCGGCAAAGCCUUCAGCCGGCCCUGGUUGCUGCAGGGCCACAUGCGCUCGCACACCGGCGAGAAACCCUUCGGUUGCGCCCACUGCGGCAAGGCCUUCGCCGACCGCUCCAACCUGCGCGCCCACAUGCAGACCCACUCGGCCUUCAAGCACUUCAAGUGCAAGCGUUGCAGCAAGACCUUCGCCCUCAAGUCCUAUCUCAACAAGCACUACGAGUCCGCCUGCUUCAAGGGCGCCGGGACCCCGCUCAGUCCCCUUCCGCCCUGAGAU